AUGGAUACAAGUUUUGGAGCAGAAAUUUUAACUGAUUCAAAAUUUAAAAAUUCAUCCUUAUCUGAAAAUCUUAGUGAUUGCACUUCAAAGCUUCAUUCAUUCAAAAACUCAAUCAUUGAACAUAGUAUGAGUAUACAAAAAGAAGAUGAAAAAAAACACGAUUCUAAUAUUAUACCUGGAUCGUCUUCUGAUUUAGAAUGUAUUAAAUUAAAUGGUAAAUUGCAAACUGAAUCAUCACACUAUUAUGACGUUCAUCAAAAAGAAUUAUCUAAUUUAGUUGAAGCUAAAAUGGCUUUCCACAAAGUACUUUAUAAUACAAACCCAAAAAAUAUAAAAAAAAAUGAAGAGUUAGUUCGAAAUUUUACUAAUGUAUUCAUGCAUAACACUCCAAAAAUAAAUAAUCGAGAUAAAGAUACAAUUAAGGAAUUAGAACAAUUUGAAUAUAAAGUGAAACCUAUUCAAAAAAUGGAACGAUAUCAAUCUCCAAAGGGAGAAUUUUUUAAUGGCACUAAAAAUAAUGAAGAAAAUUCUAUAUGUGAUAAAAGUGAUUCGGAGUCUGGAAGAUCUGAGGUAUUUUCAAGUCCGGAAUCAUUUUUAUCUACAGAAAAUGGUGAUUAUGUUGAGAGCUCUCCUGUCGCAAUUCCAGAUGUGGAAAUUGUGGAGCCCAGUUGUUCAAAUGAAGUUAUAUGUGAUAAUACUAUACGUUUUGUGAUAAACAAAGUUAGUAAAUUAAAAGAAAAUUUAAGAAGUCCUCCAAAAUGGAUAAAUGGAUCAUAUUGGAGAAUAUUGACUAUGUUUAAAGCUACAAAAAGUCAUUCUGAUAAGCAUGAUAGUUGCUUUGGAUUUUUUGUCCAAUGUCUGCCUAAUUCAUAUGACGAUAAAUGGGUUGUGUCUGCGAAUUGUGAAUUGUCGAUACGUUGUUUGACUGACAAAGAUAAAAGAGAUGCUAGAAAAACGAGUCAUGAUUAUACGGUUUCACAAAAUGAUUGGGGAUAUUCUUGUUAUAUGAAGUUAGAUACGUUAUUUGAUCCAAAAAAUGGUUUUUGUAUAAAUGAUACUAUAAUUGUGGAAGCUAUUGUUGAUCCACAGAAACCUAGAAAUCUUCGGACGAAAGAGGAAUUUUUAAAAGAAGUGGAUAAGUACGAAAAAAUAAUUGAUUUUCAAGAAUCUAGGGGUGAUAUUGAUAAAGCUUUGGAAAUGGCGGACAAAGCUUUAACUUUAUGUAAAGGCAAAUGUUUGAAACGAAUGAAAGAAUUUCAGGAUCGGAUAGAUGUAUUAAAUAAACGAAAGAUAGCUGAAUGUAUUCAAAAAUUAGAAACAAAAGAUCCUAAUGUUAAAGAAAAGGUUAUGAAAACACCAAUGCAAUUAAAAAAAGCAAUUAUUUCUGCAGAUGGUAAAAAAGGAAAUAAAAGAAAUAAUCAAAAAUCAGGAAGUAAUAAAAUUAAAAGUAUACCUCGGAAUACUGAUAAAGAAAAGGUUGAUGAUGUUAAGAAAAAAUAUGAUGAUAACAAUCAGAGAUGUAUGAGUUAUGCAAGGAGAACUGGACCACCACCAUCAUCAAAAAGUACUGUUGAUGCAAAAUCAAAAAAACAGAACGAAGAUAUUUUGGUAGUUAAAUAUCGCCGUACACGAUGUUCAUGUGUUGGUAAAACUGCUUUAGAUCAUAAAAGUUGUAGCCGUUGUCUUAAUGAAUAUAAUAUUAUUAAAAAUAAGCUUUUUUAUAAACCAAGAAAACAGGUAUUUUAUUAUUAUUUUAUGCAACGGCAAAAAGAUGUUGACAAAGUACAUUUACGACAAUAUUACUGCCCAUGUUUAUAUAAAGAUAUGAAUUUAUUUGAUGAAACGGAUUUAGUAACAUAUUGUAAUGAUGUCGGUGAAGGUAUUUUAACAGAAUGUGACAAUGAUGAUAGUGAUGUAUCCAGUGUUGAUUGUGGAAUUAUUGAUGAAAUAAUAUUUGAGGAUGAGGAUGAUGGUACAUAUAAACCUACUAAAGAAAUAUUAUGCCUUAAUUCUCAUAAAAGUAUUCCACAGUAUAAAAUGAUGGCAGAAAGUUCUGUAAAGGAUAAUGAUUUAUCAAGUAAAUCAUUAGUUUCUAUAAAAAAAGAAAAAUUAAAAGAUAUUAAUCCUCCUUUUCCUGAAAAAAAUUACAAUGAAUUUAUAAAAUAUACAAAAAUGGAAAGUAUAUUAAAAGUUAUUAAAUCAGAUUCAGAAGUUGAAGAAUUUUUCAUUAAUAAUGAAGAUGUUUAUAAUAAAAUUUUGAAUACUGAUAUGGAAACAAAUUUUUGUAAGACACAAAAUGAUUUUAGAAUUUUCGCUGCUAAUAUAACUGAAAUGAAUGCUUAUAUGCCUGUGUUAUUAAAAAAUAUUUUAAAUAUUGUUCAAGUUUAUGAAGAAGAUCAUAAAUUUAAUAUGCUUUCUGAGAUGUCAAAUAGUGAAAGUAAAAUGUAUCAAUUUAUUGAAAAAUUAAUUGAUGAUGCCAAAACUGGUAUUAUUGAUAGUAGAAAAAUUACAAUUGAUGAAGCUCAAUUGUUAAUUCCUUAUUGUUUUAUGACAUGUGUAAAACUUUGUCAAGAUGUAGAAAAUUUUAUAAAAAAUAUGUCUUUUAAAAUGUCUAAUGAAGUUAUUAAUGAAGCUUACCAUUGUCAAUAUGAGUCUAUUGCUCAAAUGGAAGAACAUGAAUUAUUUUCAUUAUGUGAAAUGCCUUUAUUUGAUGAUCAAAAAUUGGAUUAUCAUCCAGCUAGGGAUCCACUUCCAUUUUGUCUUGACAAAAUUCAAGAAAAAAUUUUUAGUUCUAAAGAUUUUUGCAUUGUACCAAUUAAUUUUGUUAAAUUAACAGCUGAAGUUACUCAAAGAUGGUUAAGAUUUUUUGAGAUGGUUGUUGAUACAGUUGAUAUAACAUUCGAAGGAGAAGAUUUAACUAUUUGUGAUUUUUUUGAAUUUGCUAAAAAUAUGAAAAGGAGAAUGUUAGAUUUAGAAGAUGAAAAUAGGCAAUUAAUAGCAUAUAAAGAAUUUGCCACUCAAGAACUUAAAAAUUGGGAAAGAAGAUGUGCAGAACUUCGAGCACAUGAUAAUAAAAAAGAAAAUAUAAAUAAAAUGCAAAAUGAAGAACUAGAAAAAGAAUUAAAAUUAACGAGAGAUGAAUUAAUUAGAGCAAGAACAGAUAUAGCUACCUGUUCUGCAGUUGUUGGAGAAAAUGAAAAAUUGAAACAAGCCAUUAAUGACAUUAAAAAAAAUUUGACAAAAAAGUUAGAAAAUUCUAAAGAAGCUAAUAGGCAUAUUGAAAAAAGACUUGAAGAGAAGAAACAAGAACUUAAAAAGGCUAAUGAAAAUAUGACUACUUUAAAGAAUAAUGCAGAAAAGGAAAGUAAACGUCUUCAAGAACGUUGUAAACGUGCUGAAAUUAUGUUUCUAGAAAAAAACCUUCAAUGUGGUAUUAAAGAUAUUGAAAUUUUAAUUGGUGAAGCCCAAAGAGAACGUGAAAAAUGGGUUGAAUAUUCUAAUUCACAAGAUUAUAGUUUACCUAAUGUAAUACAAUCUAACAUUAACGAUUUAGAUGAAUAUAUUAACAAAUUAGGAGAAGAAAUAAAAACAUGGACAACAACCUAUGAAGGUUAUUAUAAAGAAAUUGAAGAUGGAAAAUGUUUAUCACAAAUUGGUAAAUAUAAAAUUGAAAUUCGUGAUCAAAUGCCAAAGUUACAGCCUUUACCUCCUCGUAAAACAACAAAUUUUCUUCAAUCUUCUCAAACACGUCCAAAAAUUACAACUCCUUCUAAAAAAGAUACCACAAAACCUAAAAGAAUUUCUAGUGUUAAUAGCCAUGAAAGAAAUUUGAAUCUUUAUAAUUAUACUACUAACAAUUUUACUGGUAACGGUCGUGUUUUUGACAACUCAGCACCGCAAUUUAAUUCACGUUGCAGUAGAAGUAAAUAUUUUUCACAAGAACAUGGAUAUGAAAAGUUUCCUUCCAGUUCUCCCGGUCCUGGUACUUCAUAUAAUCAAGGACCUCAAUUUUCUCCAAAUAAUACAAAUAUUUCACCACCAGGACAAUAUACAAUGACUAGAUCAAACUAUUGGAAUCCAAAUCAAAUAAAUAAUAAUGAUAAAGUUAACUCAUACUCAUCACAAUCAACUGAACAAAUGGAUACAAAUUAUAAUCACGAUCAAGAGACAAUUAACGCAAGAUGGACACAGGAACAGCAAAUGUUUUAUCCAUCAAAUCGAAAUGCAUCAUAUGACAAUGUUAUGCUACCCACAACCUCACUUUCACCAGAUGUUUCUAAUCAUCUUCUUCAUAAUGAAUAUUCUUCCAGUUAUUCGGAUUUAUUCCGAGCUUUCGCCUCCGAUCCAAAUACACAAAAAAACUACGACACAAAUUCUAAUAAUCGUUUCAACCCCGAAUUUAAUAUAUGGUAA